AUGGCAAGCAAACAGCUAGGAAAGCUACGCCAGUGGGCUGGCGAAGUAAUUUCGACGCGUGACAGGACCACGUACACUGAAGAAUUCAAGGAGGUCGAGAAGGAUAUUGAGCUGAGGAAGAGCGGCGCUGAGCGUCUCUUCGCGGCCUGUGAAUCAUACCACCGUGCCUUAACGAAGAAGAAGGACUCGGAUGCUCUGGAUGAUCCAGAGAAGCUGCUGCCCAUUGAUGCCUUAGGCAUCGUCAUGAUUGUGCAUGGCGAGGAGGUCCCUGAAGAGUCAAUAUAUGGCUCUUCUCUGCUGAAACUUGGUCGUGCUCAUUGCAAAGUGGCAACUCUACAAGAAGCAUACGCCCUCACAUUCCAGGACACAUUCCUUAGAUCUGUCGAAAGAUUCCAAGAAGAUGUUAAGGAGUACGAGGCUCAUAAGAAGAAGCUUGAGAGUCGGAGAUUGAGCUACGACGCAGCCUUUGCGAAGGCCGAGAAGGCUAAGAGCAAGAAGGAGAAGGACAAACGAGAGGCAGAGGAGGAACUGGAGCUUGCCAAGCAGCGCUACGAGGAAACACUCGAAGAUGUCCGCGUCAUGAUGGAGGCCAUCCAAGCCAGCGAAACCGAAUUACAGAACGACCUCACCGCUUUUCUAGAGCUGGAGAUCAAUUUCGUGGAGCAAUAUCUCGCUGUGAUGCAAGAGGUCAAAGCUGACUGGCCCACCACUAUUAAUAGCAACAAGCGCUCGCCACCACUGCUGAAGCACGCGAUGUCGAAGUCCGGUUCUGUUCGAUCGAAGCGAUCGACAAAAUCGACGCGUUCUGUCGGAAGGGCAACUCCUGUUGCUGCUGCCGAGGAUUCCGAAGACGACUCCCCGCGUCUUGCCCCAGCGCUUAGCCGCAGGUCUUCCGCACAUGGGCGUUCUGAUUCCAUCUCCAGCAAACCACCAUCUCGUCCUGCUUCUCGGACAUCGCGUAAACGCAGUGAUAGUUCGGCCACAGCGAACGGGGAUAAGGAGAAGAACGACAAAUCACCGAAGAAGUUGGGCGUUUCUGGUUGGGUAGGAUGGGGCAAGAAGACCAAGGACUUCUCGACUCUGGACGGCGAUGAGAUGACCGAACGGGAGGCCGGGGACAACGAUAAGCAGGUUCACCACAAGGCCAGCAGUUCGUCGUUUUCCAGACGUUUCAAGGACAGCCUUUCCACUACGUCGCCCAAAGUCCCUCCGCGUGUCCUGAAGACCCCAUCUCAACAUGACCUGAAGACGGUCAGGGCCUUGUACGACUUCAAUGGGUCCUCUGAUGAACUAUCCUUCAAAGUCGGUGACGAGAUUGUGGUCGUUAACGAAGUCCUAGAAGAAUGGUGGAUGGGAGAACUCGGCGGCAGAAAGGGUCUAUUUCCGACAUCCUACACUACAGUCGUGCCUGCGACGCAAUCACGGAAACCAUCACCUCCACUGCGCAAUCCUUUGCAAAAGAGUCCCAAGACGAAGCGACUCUCGAUAUCCUCUGAGGAAGGGGCGGUCCAAAGGCCCUUGAUUCAUGAUGCUUCCGAAGCGAGUGAAUUAGAAGACGAAGAGCACAUACUCAGUGGACGUCUCGUAUCUAGCGCUAGCCCCUUCUAUCUUCCUGGUGCAAACAAUGAUAGCAGUGGCACGGAGGACGAUGACCUGAAUGAUCGUGUGGCCAAGUGGAAGCACGACGUUAAUGGAGGCUCUAAUGACUCUCUAUCUCAUGCGAAGGCAACGGUUGAGACGACAUCUUCUCCUUUUCAUCCCCAGCCACCCCUGCUUCGACGAGCUGAUACCUCUUCUGGCAUAAAGAAGACCCCGCCACCACCUCCGCCACCGCGCAGGCACUCCACGAACUUACUCACCAGUCCGCCGUUGCCUCCGCGUAAGCCUGCUAGCACGUCCAGUUCGUCUAUGUUAGACGUCACUCCAAACGCGUCAAAUAACAAUGUCGGCUAUGAUGUCUCGCCAUUCGAGAGCACAAGCGAACUCGCUGGAUGUAGCCAGUUCCGUCAGAAUCCUUUCAAACCCAAGGGUACAUGUAGUAACUGUUUCCAGUUUCAUCACGAUUUCUAG